CCACAGCCAGUGCAGCACUGACAAGAAGUUCAACAAGAACGGUCGACGAGGUAAUAGUCAUGAUGAAAAAGGCGAAGGACGCGCAGCUUUUACCGGAGAAAGCUCCUGGCACAGAUUCUAGGGCACCUUCUCGGGCUGCCUCCGCUUCUGGUAUACAAAGUGAUGAUCGAUACACUGUCCUCCUCAGGAAGAUGGAUGAUCUUGAAAGGAUCCAUAGAGACGAAAAGAAACGCCAUCAAGCAGAGUUCGACAGAUACAAGUCGCAGAUCGCGGCACUAACCAAGGACAAGACGGAACAGAGCGACCGCUUAGAAAAACUGAAGAAACAGAACGAAGCAUACAACCUGCGCAUACAGGAACUCAACAAAGUAAGUGCCGCCGGGCAGGCUGAACUUAAAGAGAUACGGAUCAAGCUGCGGAUGUCAGAGCACGAGCGCGCUCAGCUGGCCGGGAAGCAAAGCGACGUGGGUGAAAUGAGAAAGGCACUUCAGACUAUGGAGUCCAAGCGGAAGGAGGACACAAGGGAACGAGAUAAAAAGAUUGCGGAGCUGGAGAGGGCCGUAGCGGCAGAGAGGAAGAAACGCGAGAUGCUGGAGUCUUGCCUUCAAGAUAUCAAAGACAAGGCAGACGAGGAGGUAAUAAAGCUACGUGGUGAUGCGAAGCGGCUCCAGUCGCAGUUGGAAGCUACCCGGAAGGAAAGCCAACAAGCUAUCUCUGAUACCCACACGAAAGCUGCGAGUCGAGAAGAAGACCUGAUGGACCAACUCGAACAAUGCAAGGUAGCCCUCAGUCGCGUUGCCGAGCAAUAUGGUCAUCUGGCAUCCACGACAGUGCUUGCCAAGGACCACGAAGCAUUGAAGAUGGAGAACGUGGAGCUCAAGAUGAUGACAUUGCGCCUCGAGCGUAAAUUGGCGAAUACUGAAGGUCAAGUUACCGAGCUCGCACACCUCAUCCGUCAAACACAGGAGCAAAAUACGUGUCUUCGGCAACAACUGGAGGAAACCGAAGACGAAGCAUCGUUCUAUGCGGAUGCUCUCCGCGACUAUAUGCAAUAUUCUAGCCAUCAGGACUCCACGCAUACAUUGCUCACAACGCUUGCGGGCGUCCACGCUGACAUGUUGGAAAACAAGUUGAAUGGGCUUGUUAUCAACCUCCGAGACUGCAAGACUGCGAAUGAUUUGCACUCCAUGCGCAAUGAAGACCUGGAGCGUGCACUCGAUGGGGAACGCGCCAAAAGCAAGACUUUGUCAGAAGAAGUGGGACGUCACCUUGCAGAUCGCGUCGCGGCAGAUACUUGCCUACAAAGACUGCGAGCAGAGUUGGCGGAAGCGAACCAAGCACUUGCUAAGGAACAGGUAUCCCGAGCGAGUGCCCACCAGCAGGUCGACAAGCUGCAAGGGAGGGUUACCCAAUUGGAGGAACAUCUGAGGGAUGAAGUAUCCAGGCACAAGGACGCAGAAAAUAGGGAGCGAGAAGCAGCGAAGAAACUCUCCGCGCAACUGAGUAUGAGCAAGACUGCUGAAGAAGCACUCAACGCGGAGAUCGAGCAGUUGCACCUCGAGUUAGCAGACGCUGCUCGAUAUCAAGAUGCAUAUUACAAAUUGGUGGACGAGACAGAGGAUCUACUAGCGAGGAACAACCUUGCAGAAGAGGAGGCUGACAGACUCAGCAAAUUCAACGCCGAAAUUCUCGGACAUCACAAUCCAGCUCAGCGGAUUAUGUACGUCGACCGGAUCCGAAAAGAACUUGCAGACGCGAAACAGAAACUUGUUGUAUGCACCCGGGAACGGGAUGCAUAUGUGGCGAAUAACGAUGACCUUCGCCACGAGCUUGGUUUGUACAAAUCGUCGCUAGUCCCAGCAGAAAUCAAGCCUCGCUCUCAGUUCACUCGGAUCUCUCGAGCGCCGUUAACGACUCACAGUCUGAACGUCGAGAACUUGAAACCCGAAACCGGCUUUUGUACCAGUACCCCGCACCCAAACCAACGUGCUUUAUUGGACCAUAUCAUACCCAGUCCUGGAGACAUGACAUUGGACGAGCUAAUGUAAUUUACUUUUAUAGUCAAUUUUAUCA